AUGACGAACAUGACUUUCACCAAGAGAGUUGGAACACCUAAAUAUAUGGCACCUGAGGUGUUAGAACAAGAGAAGUACACAAAAAGUGCAGACGUUUUCUCGUUUGGAGUUACCACGUUCGAAGUGUUUGGAUGGUUUCAAGCAUAUCCACUUGACAUAUUUAAGUUUCCUUCGAAAAUAGCGGAAUUCGUGAUGUCUGGAAAACGUUUUGAUAAAAAAGAAAAUAUUCCAAAAAAAUAUUUGAUCAGAUUGAAAUGUGCUGGAAACAAAAUACCAAAGAAAGAAAAACAAUUGUUAAACUUGUUGAUAUAA